AUGGCUUUACCUCCUUCGGUGCUCGCAGCAGAGCAAUUGGCUUUCAUUGCGUCGCUGUUCAUCAACACACAGUUCACAGUCAUGACAGACAAAAGUUACGAGCUGGUGCUUCAGUCGGCUUACCAAAUCGCGAACAAGAUCAACAAUGUCGUCCGCUUUGCGAAAAGCGAUUUUGCAUCAGUGUGCCGCUUUCAGGGCCAGUUCGGAUUACUCUUCAGCCACUUGCAAUGGCUCAAAACUUCACCCCCUGACGAGGUCGAUCUGCCUCCCUUGGAAGCUGUAUUGAGAAUGUGCCUUGGUGUCUGCACUGAGUUAGACAAAAGCCUUGAUCCCUUGGCUGUGAAGAUACGUGAAGAAUGUCAUGAGUUCCGGGAUUGGGAGAAGGUAAAGUACAGAGGCCGCGGCAUUGGCGAUCUCACAAGCAUAGCGGCAGGACUCACUUCUGGGAUCCAAAUUUACUCUUCUCCUAGGUCAUGCUCUGAUGCAGGAAACACGGACAAGCCGCGCCUCAAAGCCGAAUGCGAAUGGGCGCUUCGUUUGAUAGGGAGAAAACAUGUGCGAUCUUCAGCACCGACUUCUGAAGGGGCUGUGGAACAGCCUUGCCUGAACGCCACGAGUCUACGAUCUUACCUCAUCGCCACCAUAUCCUCAGUCACGGAGUCGCCUGAUGAGAGUGCGGAAGGAGCGGAGACUGCGAACAAUGCGGCGGAUGAGGACUCUGACUCCAGCAUAUAA